CGCCGGCCUCAGACUCCCCCAGCCGGCCGCGCGACGAGCUACGGCGACGCCGCCGAGUUGUGCCACCACGCUCGGAGCAAACUCGCUGCGCGCACUCGUCGCGCGCGGCUCGCGGCGAGAGCACCGAGGGAAUCCCGCGCUGCGCCGCCUCGAAGUUCGCGUCUAAGGGUUCGAGCCCGCCACUCCUGGUGGUUGUCGUAGUUGUCGUUAUCUUUGUUUGGGCUUAUAGAAUCGGAGAAUAGGUGGCCGCAGGUGAAGUUUGUUUAUUCUGAAGUGAUGUGCACCGCCGUUUCGACUGUGUGCCAUGACGGCGUCGUGGCGAGGAGGGGAGUGUUGUCGAACAUUGAACCUUGGAAUACGCGGCUGGCGCUGGUUCUGGCUAUCUGGAUCACGGUUCAGUGCCGCAUGAUGGCUGAAGGAAACGUGACAGAAGUACACGGGGUCCUUGAGCGCGACGCGGCUAUCCCCUGCAACGUCAGCGAGGACCCGCGGGACAAGUCGGUGGGGCUCAUUCUCUGGUACAAGGACAACUCUUCGACGCCCAUCUACACCGUGGACGCCCGGUCGAGCAAGCUGGCCCAUGCCAGGCACUUCCCGGGCGAGGACAUGGCAGGGAGGCUCCAGUUCGACGCCUCCCAGCAGCCUCCCGUCCUCAGGGUGGACAACCUGGAGACGGGGGACGCCGGACAGUACCGCUGCCGAGUCGACUAUCGACAGGCGCGCACGGAGAACCAGGUCACUUCGCUUUAUGUCAUAGUUCCGCCACAAGAACUCAUCAUUCUCGAUGAAUAUGGACAGCGGAUUGUGGAUGUGUUGGGACCUUACAACGAGGGAUCGUACAUUUUUCUUGUGUGUGAAGUCGAAGGAGGUGAUCCACCUCCCCAAGUGACGUGGUCCAAGGACGGGAACGUGAUCGACGACACCUUCACCGUGACGCCGCAAGGGUUCGUGCGUAACGAGCUCCGACUCGGUCCGCUCCGAAGGCCCGACCUGAUGGCCCAGCUCGUCUGCACAGCGUCCAACAACAACGCCACCCUUCCGCUCUCCAGCAGGGUCAGCCUGGACAUUAACUUGAAGCCCACGGAGGUGAAGAUUGCAGUCCCCAGGCAACCUGCGGCUGCCGGCGACCGGGUCGAGUUGCGUUGCUUGGCCACCGGCGCCCGGCCUUUCUCCCAGGUGACGUGGUUCAAGGGCGGUCAGCGGCUGACGCAGGUCGAAGACUUUGUGUCCACGGCCACGAACUCAACCGUGAGCAGCGUCAGCUUCAUCGUAGCUGCAGAGGACAACGGCCGCAACGUCACUUGCCGAGCAGACAACCCGCACCUGCCCAAAAGCGAAGUCAGCGACACCGUGGUGCUCAACGUGCACUACGCUCCACAGCUGACGCUGACCACGGCGAACCGAAGACCGCUGGAAGGAGACAACGUGACGCUCGUCUGCGCGGUCAACGCCAACCCCGCCGCGUCGGCUGUAUCCUGGCGCCACGGCGGGCGAGUGCUGGACGUUCGGAACGACUCUCUGCUUCUCUCCCGAGUCGGAAGGAGGCAGGCGGGCUCGUACGAAUGCAUCGCUUCCAACGUCAUCGGAGAAGGCUUCAGCAGCAAGCUUCAUCUGUCCGUUCUAUACGCUCCUGUCUGCGUCGAGGGCCUGACUCGGGAAUACGCCGCCUCCGCGGACAUACGGGUCCUGGUGGCGUGUGAAGUGAACGCCUCCCCCGGCGACGUUCAUUUCGAGUGGGUUGCCAACACGACGUUGCGCACGGGCAGGAUCAGCAGCUUCACGGCGAACGGCACGAAAUCCUACGCCAGUACCGUGACCGGCACCGAACUCGAGUACGGCAUUCUCCUGUGCUUCGCCUCCAACAACGUCGGGAAGCAAAUCGAACCAUGCACCUUCCGCAUUGUACCUCCGGGUCCACCGGGAAGCCCCGAAAAUUGCACCGUGGUCAACCUGAGUCCUGACAGCGUCCUACUGAAAUGCUCAGCGGGUUCCAGUGGUGGCUUGCAGCCGGUCUUUCAAGCCGAGGUGUUCAGCGUUCAUGCUGACCUUCUUCACAACAACAUUAGCUCCUCUCGGCAGCCACACUUCAAGUUAAGUGGCCUCCACAAGGACACGUCCUUUGUGGCCCUCGUCUACGCGGCCAAUGCCAAGGGCCGCAGCUCUCCCGUCACCGUUCGCUUCGCAACGGGUGUACUGAACAGCUUCCCUUCGGCAACAGAUGAAACUGCCGGCCAACUGCUGAAUCCUCUUCUAGCGUUCCUAAUCUUCGCUCUUCUCCUGCUGGCCUGCGCAGUCAUUUUUCUUUCCAUCGCGAAGCACAAGAGGCACCGGCCCCAGAGGAAAGGCUCAACGGAAGCGGGUACAGUGGAAAAGUAAGUGAAAAUUCU